AUGAGCUUUGGUAAAGAAUUAAAGGAUCAAUUUUCAAAUGUAAAUCAAUUCGUUCAAGGUGGAAUACAAUUUUUAAACGAAUUUAGAGAUUUUCUAAAAGAGCGAGCACAAAUAGAAAAAGAUACAACAUUAAAGGCAUGGAUGACUCUUCUUGAAGAAACUGAUAAUAUUGCUAAAGAGAAAUUAAAAUUGUCAGAGACAAUAACAUCUAGUAUAAUGGAACAAGUUAAAUUAGUUUCAACAAAGAAAGAAGAAAUUCGUAAAAAACAUUCAAAUUUCGCACAAAAAUUAGCAUCUGACAGAGAUAAAAUAUAUUCAGAAAAACAAAAGAAACUUCUAUCCGAAGACGUUAAUCGAAAAUUUGAUGACCUUACUGAAAAAAUUCAAUUGCUAUACGAAGAGAUGCAACAAAAACAAAUUUCGGGAGAUGCUUCAAGUGAAUUGACAAAUAGUUCUCAAGUUCUAAAAAAAAUUUUAUUAACAAAAUCAACCAAUUUUAAUGCCACUACAUUUUAUAAAAAGGCUGAUUUUCCAUAUAGUCUAAAGAAACAGGCGGAGGAAGCCUUAUUUAAUGCAUUAAGAUCUAUUGAAUCUGAAAAUGGUCAAGGUGCUAUAAUUGCUCAAAGGCUACUUGCUCAUUUUAACGAUAUUGUCAACUCUCCCAUUGUACUACGCUUUUGGGAUUCCGUUCGUGUUCGAGAAGAAAAAAAUAGCACUCAAACUGCUCAAGUUAUAUUACAAGAAAAAGAAGAACAAAAUGCUUGUCAAAUAAGGACUAAUUUGUUGGAUGAGCGUAUUCAAGUAUUGGCAAGAAAAAGAGACAAUUCGAAUUUGAAUGAUUUUGAAGAAGGAUCAUCAACUCCACCAAAUAAAAUCAGGGCCACAGAUAUAACAGAAGUGGGAAAAAAUAACGAUUCAUCAUCCAGUUUUGGAGUAUUGUCUAGUGAUAAAGAAAAUUUUUCUGUUCCGCCUACAAAUGUCUUCUCUGAUCAAGAACUACAUGAAAAUGAAAAUACUUACAUAAAAGAUAUUCAGUCAUCUCAUGAAAAUGCUUCGAGCCCUGUACAAAAAAUAUUGACAAAAGCUGAUAAACAGUUAUUAAAAACAAUUUGGGACUCACUAGAGCCAUCGAAAGAAAAUCACAAGACAAUCCGCCAGGAGAAAUGGAAUGCAGUCAUAAAACCUCUCGUGAAAAAGUAUCAAAAAAACUUAGUGCCAAAAUCUGUAUUUGAUGAUUUUCCUUUGGAUCUUGCAAUUGAAGAAAUUACCGAGAGACCAUAUACAGGAACAUUCAACUAUAGAGAACAUCACGACUCAUUAUGGGUUCAAGAUCUAUACAAGCGAUUAGAAAAUUUCAUUAACCCAAUUGUUGCAAAAUUGUUUGAUGACAUAAUGGAUAUUAUUCGAGUAAAAACGUGGUAUGUGCAACGAGUUAGUAUUGGAUGCCAUCAAGAUGGUAUUUUUGAAGUAAACGUCAAUGCAAUGACUUUUGAAAUAGGUUUUUUCGAAGUGGUUGGUAAUGCUCUUAUUGUUGAUAUCACAAAGUUAAAUGGUGAUCUUGAUAAAGUAUUAAAAGGCAACAAUGCAGAUCUCACUGUUUUAUCAACGACAACAUCAUACCCAACGUGGUGCUACUGGAGAUCAACUUGUUUGUCUAGAAUCGUAUGGGAUAAUCAACGAACUUUUACUAUUUAUGUUAUGCAUAAUAUACAUGGAGGGCUUUACAUUGUAGAUAAAUUAACGGAAUUUUGUAUUCCAAAUUCCAAAAAUCAACUAUAUGCACUAGAAGAAGUCAUCGAGAAAGUCUAUAUGUUAAAGAUAACGCCUAACUAUGUUCAAACCCAUAUCAAUACAACAGAGUCACCGGUUGAAGCAUCGCCAUCUAAGAAUUCUAAAGUUACUAAUAGAUAA